AUGGCUGAGAGAGGAGCUACACCAAUGCUCAUCACAGCUCUCAUAUGGUCAGUACUUUAUACAUCUGUACCAUGCGCUGGGACAAAUGUUAAAAUUGGUGUCCCUGAAAACUACGAUGGUAUUUUCCCAUGGUAUCUAACCAAGCUUCAAAGCCUGCCAUCUAAUCAUAGUGACCUGGUGGUAACAGGAGAUGAUGAGGGCAUAUUUGGAGUCGAUGCUCAGUUUCUGUACGCCCUAAAACCACUGGACAGGGAAAAGCAGCCAUCUUACUCUCUGCAGGUGUCCUUCAGAACGUCAGUGCAUCGUCAGAGCUUCAAUGUUGAAGUGUGUGUCAUCGACAAGAAUGACAACGUGCCUACGUUCAUAGAGGAGAGCAUGAGAGGCAGCGUGCAGCUCGGGCUUCUCAAGGGAAUACCAUUCAUGCAAGUGGAAGCGCUAGAUCGUGACGACCGCAACAGUCCCCACGCUGAUCUGCGCUUCAGCCUGAUGGAACAAACACCCAGGAUUCCCUCCAGCCAAAUGUUCUCCAUCCAUGCCGUCUCUGGGGAGGUUUCACUCACUGAGGAAGGAGCCUCUACUCUGGACCCAGAGAUGUGUGGUCGUUACAAGCUCUCAGUGAUGGUGAAGGAUAUGGCUGGGAGGGCGGAUGCCUUCUUCUCCACUGGCAUUGUUACUGUUGAGGUGACAGGAAACACCUGGGCAUCACCUGACCCUGUACGGCUUCAGGAAAAUCUUCCGGGCCCUUACCCCAUACCCAUCUCACAGGUCAAAUGGAGUGGCAGUCAGGCAGAGUAUGGUCUGGAGGGGGAGUUUCCAGAGAUGCUCUUCACCAUCAGCAGAGAAGGAGUCAUUUAUCUCAAUGCCCCGCUGGACAGAGAGACACAAGACCAGUUUCAUAUCAGCAUUGUGGUUGAGCGUCCCGACGGUAGGGAGAUUGCCAAACCUGUGGAGCUGAGGGUGAUGGUGGGUGACGCUAAUGAUAACAGGCCCACAUUUCCGCAGGCACAGUACCAUACUGUGGUGAAGGAACUGGCUGCUCGAGGGACAGAAAUCCUGACAGUGCAAGCGGCUGAUAAUGAUGACCCUAAGACAGACAAUGUACGAAUCUUCUACCGCUUAGUCGGACAAAUUCCAGAGAGUCCUCGUGCCCUCUUCAGAGUGGACCGUGACUCAGGGGUCAUCUCGGUCCAAGCGGAUAGUAUGGAGGGCACGGCACCGCAGUACACUCUAACCAUCACUGCUGAGGAUGCCAAAGGUCUGAACAGUUCCUGCACUGUGGUUGUGACGGUGCAGGAUGAGAAUAACAACCCACCGGUGUUCUCCCAACACGAGUACGGACCCUUUCACAUCCCAGAGGAUGCCCUGGUGGGUACGACAGUGACAGCUGUGCUGGCGAGGGAUGCAGAUGUUCGAGGUGGAGACAGCUGGAAGGUGGACUACCGUUUAGAGUCUGGAGAUGAAGAGGACGUCUUUUCAUUAGUGACAGAUAAGCAGACCAAUGAGGUCUCACUUGUCCUCUCGAAGGUGUUGGACUUUGAGCGCGAGAGUGAGUACAUCCUCGUGCUCAGUGCCCAGAAUCCAGUUGCCUUAGUCCGUGGCCGGUACGGCCCCGCAUCCACAGCAACGGUCUCCAUUUAUGUUGACGACGUGAACGAGGGUCCGAUCCUGUCUCAAAGCCAUUAUGAGGUGACUGUGAGAGAAGGGGAAGAACCAGGACGGGUUAUUGCCACCAUCCGAGGUUACGACCCUGAUUCUCACCCAAUAAGAUAUUCUCUUCAAGGGGACACCAAGAAAUACUUUUCAAUUGGGAAGUAUUCUGGUGAGCUAAAGACUGUGCAGGCCUUGGACAGGGAGGAGAACAGCACGUACACCAUGGAGGUCAUUGCAGUGGAUGGACGAAACUCCUCCCUGUCUGCAUCCACCCUGGUGACUGUCCAUAUCCUGGAUGUGAAUGACAACAGUCCAGUGCUGGUAGGAGAUUACUCCUGGAAGUACCUGUGUACACCUCGCUUAGAGGACCAAGCUUUGGUGCUUGCAUCACGGGACAGUGAUGGACCGCAGCAUGGAGGACGACUUAAUUUCUCCCUCCGCAGCGAUGUCACAGUUCGACGUAACUGGAAGCUAACACCUAUUAACGAUACUCACACCAACCUGUCCUUAAAUAUCCCAUACCUGCCCCCUGACGUCUACAUCGUGCCCUUCACCAUCUCUGACAGCAGCUCUCCUCCCAGGAGCACCUUCAUACACUUGCCAGUGACUGUGUGCCCCUGCAAUGUCAGAGGAAACUGCAAAAUGGCUGCCAAGCAGCUGGAGGGCAUGCCAACUAUACAGUCUGCAGUCGGCAUUUUGCUUGGCACCUUUGCAGUUAUAGGAGUGAUCCUCAUUGUUGUAUUUGUGAGACUGUCCUACCAGAACCCCAAAGAGCCAAGCAAGACUAACCAGGAGAGAGUUCCCCUUAAGAUUUCAAUCUAA